AUGUCAGAGAUAUGCGAAAAGAUUGCGCGGCAGACGCUGGAGUGUGCCAACGUUGUCGUCCAUUACUCAGAUAUGAAGAGUUUUUACUUCGCAAGCACUGUCUUCGACGAAACAGAGGCCACGAUCCAGCGUCACAACGAGGUUCUCGACAACCUCAUACAACAGUUCAGAGAUAAAAUGGCUCUUACCAACACCGAAACCGUCCACCGUAUCGCCGAGGAUCAAGACAUUAAUGGCAUGGAAUAUGUGCGCGGUGCUGGUCGGAAUACGGCCAAGAAUUGUCUCCCAGGCACUCGGGAAGACAUUCUGUCUGACAUCAAGUGCUGGAUCCGUAGCACGGGUGAAGACGAGCCACGCAUCUUAUGGUUGUCUGGCACUGCAGGAAAGGGCAAAUCAGCCAUCGCUCAUACCAUAGCCAACUGGUCUCACGAGCGUGGGGGAAUGCGAGCUUGUUUCUGCUUCGACCACACCAGGGAAGCCGAACGCCGCCACGAAAAGAUAUUCACCACAAUCGCACGCGACUUGGCUGAUUGCGAUAUCACCAUGCGGAGAGCAUUGGCGCGUGCGGUUCGCGACGACAACGAGUUGAAGCACACCAUCGACGUCUCAAGACAAUGGCAGGAGCUAGUCGUAGGACCGAUGAGAGAGGCCUCGAAAGCAAUCACUGCACCCGUGCAGAUAAUCAUUGAUGCAUUGGACGAGAGUGGUGAUGCUCCCGCUGAGCUACCAGCAAAUGCCCGUAUCAUCAUCAUCUCCCGUCCACUUCAAGAUAUCCGCGAUGCCCUAGAUGCAUCACAUGUUCGCCAUAUCUCCAUGGAUGAUAUCCCGCCUGCGUCCACACACAAUGACAUCCAAUUAUACAUUUCGAAGAGGCUCGCAGGACUGCGCAACUUCAACGACGCGCACUUCAAUACACUUACCGAAAAAUCCGACGGCCUGUUUGAGUGGGCUCGUCUCGCCUAUCCCCUGCUUAAUCUACCCCCGCUCGUCAACUCUAUUCUCCGUAUCGACGCCCGCGAUCGUCCCCUCGUUGCGACGGACGUUAUUGACAACCACCACGCAACCCCUCGCACUGUGAUCAUAGCUUGGGAAGGGUCCACUUUCCUGCAUGGCACACCCGAGGGUCUCAGUCACCACCUGCAACACUCUCUCGCGAUUUCCAACGAACCGACUAUAAUUCUGAAGAAGGUGUACCUCCUCACUGCAAAACUAAGCUACGGAGGAAUGAUGUAUAUCAGGGCAACGUCUGUCAAUUCUCUGCACUUCUGCCCAAUAGGACUGACUAUAUUAAUUGAACAUGGUCAUGACGGUGUUCCUGAGCCCGUUGUACAGCGCAAGAAGCUCCAGCUUCUUCCACGUUCUGUUCUUGCUGCUGAAGAGAACUCCACGACUCCCUUGGAAGAAGAACCUGAAAGCGCACCCACUGCCAUGUCCGAAGACUGUGAUUUUACUGCUAUGCUCAAAACGGAGCUCGAUAAAGUUCAUGGUUUCCAGAAACGAAAGACCGCUGAGCUAUCUUGUCGUAUACGGGAUGCUGAAUACGAUGUCCAAAGACUCGUCGCUCAAGAAUCACCUUCUCAAUCUUCUUCUGAGCCGUCUCCCGUCCAUCCCUCUGACCCUGAAUCACACCAAGCACGCCCUUCUGACUAUGGACCUGAUGAGGGCUCCGAUGACGACGACGACGACUGA